GGCGCCCUUCCAGGCCUGAGCUGGGCGGGGCGGCGAGGCCCGCGGCGGGAAACCCGCUGGGCAGCCGGCAUGGAGGCGCUGCUGCUGGGCACGGGACUGCUGCUGGGAGCCUACGUGCUCAUCUAUUACAACCUGGUGAAGGCCCCGCCGUGCGGUGGCCUCGGCAGCCUGCGGGGCCGCACGGCCGUGGUCACGGGUGCCAACAGCGGCAUCGGGAAGAUGACGGCCCUGGAACUGGCGCGCCGCGGAGCGCGCGUGGUGCUGGCUUGCCGCAGCCGGGAGCGCGGGGAGGCGGCCGCCUUCGACCUCCGCCAGGAGAGUGGAAACAAUGAGGUCAUCUUCAUGGCCUUGGACUUGGCCAGUCUGACCUCGGUGCGGGCCUUUGCCACUGCCUUCCUGAGCUCUGAGCCACGGCUGGACAUCCUCAUCCACAAUGCCGGAAUCAGUUCCUGUGGCCGGACCCGUGAAACCUUUAACCUGCUACUUCGUGUAAACCACAUCAGUCCCUUCCUGCUGACACACCUGCUGCUACCCCACCUGAAGAUGUGUGCCCCCAGCCGAGUGGUGGUGGUGUCCUCAGCUGCCCACAGACGUGGACACUUGGACUUCACACGCCUGGAUCAACCAGUAGUAGGCUGGCAGCAGGAGCUGAGGGCAUAUGCUGACAGUAAGCUAGCCAAUGUACUGUUUGCCAGAGAGCUUGCCACCCAGCUUGAGGGAACUGGUGUGACCUGCUAUGCUGCCCAUCCAGGGCCUGUGAAUUCAGAGCUGUUCCUGCGUCAUGUUCCUGGAUGGUUGCGCCCCCUUUUGCGCCCACUGGCUUGGCUAGUGCUCCGGACACCCAGAGGGGGUGCCCAGACACCCCUGUACUGUGCUCUUCAGGAUGGCAUUGAGCCCUUCAGUGGCAGAUACUUUGCCAAUUGCCAUGUGGAGGAGGUGUCUCCAGCUGCCCGAGAUGACCGGGCAGCUCACCGGCUAUGGGAGGCCAGCAAGAGGCUGGCAGGCCUUGGGCCUGGGGAGGAUGAUGACCCCAAUGAAGAGCCCCAGCCUGAGGAUUCAGCGGCCCCAUCUUCUCUGAGCACCACCCACCCUGAGGAGCUUACAGUUUCUGAACUUUACCCUGGUGCUCAGAGUUUACCAGACUUGUCUAAAUUGACACGCCGAAUUCAGGUUAAAGCUGAGCCUGAGCCCUAAAGCUCCUAACUCCCGGGCUUAGAUGCUUUUUGUAGCACUUUAUGACCCCUAAAAACCUUAGCUGUGUGCUAGGCCAUGCCCCUGGUACCCAGGGGUUGCCAUUUUUACCUCUGUGAUUACUUUGUGAGGUCUCUUGGUAUGUCUCAGGCAGCUCUUUUACUGGUGAGAGAAAUAAUGGGUAACAACUCCUUCUUAAGAGAGACAGUAACCUCAAAAGUUAGGGUAAAGGGUAACACACCAGACACUGUACUGCUCAGGAAUUUGAAUUUCAGAUUUCCAGGCCCCACCUGGGUUGACUGUGAUAAAAGCUCUGGAGCAGGGCCAGGGAAUUUGAUUCAAAGCAGUGCCAACAAUGAGCAUCGCUGACCUGAGCCCUUUGCAACCAUCCAGCCAGGUAGUUAUAAUACCCGCAUUCCUUAGAGACAGCGUUCAGCGCUGGAGGGAAGGACUCAGCCCCCUGGGUUCAACUGGUAAGAAGAGCAGAGGACUGAGAUUUGAACCUAGGGGGUCUGAUGCUAGGGCCCGCCCAAUGUAAAGUGGGUGCUGGGAAGUAAGGCGGCUCAGAGCUGUUGUUUCCGAGGAUGCUGGGGGUGGGGGUGCCUUCCAGGGUGUUGGAGGGCUGGGACCCCCAGCAAUAAAGCGCGUUGACUGCCAAGGCUC